AUUAAUUAAUACUUAUGUCUUUUUUUCGUCCUCUAUACAAAAUUACAAACUCACGAGCUGUAUUUGAAGGCAGCAGCGUCAGAGCUGGAAAAUCCCAGCUGACGAUAUGCACGUGAAGGCAUCUGUGUUUUAAGGAGGACGGAAGGAGUUUUGUGUCGAACAGGAAGAAGCUUCAAUCCGAAAGUUGAGUUUACUGUUUCAUCUGUUGAUCGUCUGGCUCCGCAUUGAUCUCCAGUCCGGGAAAACACCUGAAACUCACCUUUGAUGCAAACAACGUCGUUUCACCGCAGUCAUGUCAGCUGAGUAGAGAAAAUAUAACUAACGCAGGUGUUAUUUAUGCGCUGCAGGUAACAGCAGAGCGGCGAGAUGGCCAUCGCCCACGUGGCCACGGAGUACGUGUUCAGCGAUUUCCUGCUGAAGGAGCCGAACCAGGCUCGAUACCGCAGCGUCCGGACCGAGCUGGCUGUGGACAAGAUGGUGACCUGCGUGGCGGUGGGCCUCCCCCUCCUCCUCAUCUCUCUGGCCUUCGCCCAGGAGGUUUCAGUUGGUACUCAGAUCAGCUGUUUCGCUCCCACUAAUUUCUCCUGGAGGCAGGCGGCGUAUGUUGACUCCUACUGCUGGGCAGCUGUACACACACAACCUCUACCUAUGUGGCUGCACAAGUUCUUCCCCUACAUCCUGUUGCUGGUGGCGGUGCUGAUGUACACGCCGACGUUGUUCUGGAGGUUUUCCGCGGCGCCGCUGCUGCAGUCUGACCUCAGUUUCAUCAUGGAGGAGCUGGACAGGUGUUACAACCGUGCCGUCACUCUGGCCAAACGCAUGGCCACCGCGGGACUGCUUCCUCCAGACGGCUCUCCCGGCAGUGACCCUACCGAGGGAUGUUUCAACUACCCGCUCGUGGAGAAGUUUCUGAUGACCAAGCGUUGCUCGCGGGUGCUGCUGUUUUACUACCUGCUGUGUCGCGGUCUGACUCUCAUCACCUUGCUGUGCGCCUGCAUCUACCUGGGAUACUACCUCCGCCUGGCCUCUGUAACUGACGAGUUCGGCUGCACGCUGCGUGUCGGCCUGCUGGCCCAUGACCCCAGCAUCCCUGACAAGGUGCAGUGUAAGCUCAUCGCCGUGGGAGUCUUCUCUCUGCUCAGCCUCGUCAACUUGGUGCUGUUCGUUGCACUGAUCCCAGCGGUGAUCUACGCCAGCCUCCGUCCCCUCUUCUGCUAUGGAUACGCCCGCUUCCUGGAAACCUACCAAUCACUGCCCACCGUGAGUGUCCUGCCCUCCCCCGACGGCCACUGGGACGAUCUCUCUCUGUAUCUGCUCUUCCUGGAGGAGAACAUCAGCGAACUCAAGUCCUAUAAAUACAUCAAGGUGCUGGAGUUGCUGAAGAGAAGAGGCGAAUGCUCUGGAGAAAACUUUGACGCCUUGGGUCUGUUGCAGACUCUGUGUCUGGUGAAGAUGGACAGUGUGGAUGGGGUCAAACCUGGAGGUGUUGCAGGGAAACGAGAUCAAGUUAAAACUAAUGCGGCCGACUCUUCCGGCAGCCCAGCAGCAGCCAACGCUGGAGCAGCUGCAAACUGCUGCAACAGUCCGAGCUCGGCCACGGAUAACUGCAGCAGGAUGGAAACUGAGAUGAAAGAGCUGGCCCCCCUGCUGCCGGGAAACAGCGAUGUGACGGGCAGAAACAAAAACAGCGAGUGCGGGACUAUCCGGCAGCGAGCGAUGUGAUUGGCCGCUGGCACUGCGAUGGAGACGGAGGACUCCACCUCACCAGACCUGGACGAAGGAGGUCUCAUCUCACGGUGCAUAAAGACACGCCACGACCCUUUCCUGUCCUGACGGAGUUCAUCUUACAGACAUCGCAGGAGCUCAGAUGUUUGAGACUUUUGUUUGUUUUUUUUCUGACACAUCGCUGACUGGAAAGAGGAGGAAGUGAGCGUCAGGUGAUGUAAGACUAGACACUGGAAGUACUGGGAGAUUAAAACUCAUGCUGGAAUCAAAACAAAAGACAUUUUAAAAGGUUUAAACGCUGCAUUUACCAGAAUGUUUUGCUCUGUGAAUUAUGGGGUGUGAUGACGUCAGACUGACUGUACAUAUAGAUGUUUAUUCAGCUGCCAGUGAUGUGAUAAGUAAUUUGUUUGUUUUUUGACUCAUAACCUACAAUCACCGAGCACUUUAUUAGGAACAUCUGCGUAAUCUGAUGCAAUGCGAUACAACAGCUCUGCCAUGAAUUCUACUUUUAUGAAGCUUAUACAUUUCCAGUUUUUAUUGACAUUGUCAGAAAGAUGAUAAUUCUACUUUAUGAUUAUAAUUGAGGUGCUGGUGUACUGGAAUGCAUUAUAUUGAAAAGUGUUCCUAAUAUUUUGUC